AUGGACGCGGCCCGCAGCUGUAACGGCCACGCGCGGCAGCAGCGGCCGCCGCUGCCGCCGCCUCCCUCCGCGUCCCCGGCCGUGGGCGCGGCCGAGAAGCCGCACGUCCCCCUGGGCGGCGAAGGCUGGUGGGGCGAGCGGCCCCGCAGCGAGGAGGACAACGAGCUGAGCCUGCCCAGCCUGGCGUCCGCCUACACCACCAUCCUGCGCUCGCUGGGCGAGGACCCCGAGCGGCAGGGGCUGCUGAAGACGCCCUGGAGGGCGGCCACCGCCAUGCAGUUCUUCACCAAGGGCUACCAGGAGACCAUCGCGGAUGUUCUGAAUGACGCCAUCUUUGAUGAAGAUCAUGAUGAGAUGGUAAUUGUGAAGGACAUAGACAUGUUCUCAUUGUGUGAACAUCACCUCGUUCCGUUUGUUGGAAAGGUACAUAUUGGCUAUCUUCCUAAUAAACAAGUCCUUGGCCUCAGCAAGCUUGCUAGGAUUGUGGAAAUAUACAGUAGAAGAUUACAAGUCCAGGAGCGCCUUACCAAACAAAUCGCAAUAGCCAUCACGGAGGCCUUACAGCCCGCUGGAGUCGGGGUGGUCGUUGAGGCCACGCAUAUGUGCAUGGUCAUGCGUGGGGUACAGAAAAUGAACAGUAAAACAGUGACCAGUACAAUGCUGGGGGUGUUCCGGGAAGAUCCCAAGACCCGGGAGGAAUUCCUGACCCUCAUCAGGAGCUGAAACUGUUGUUGUUCUCUAAAAGCACUCUGGAGAUUGUUCUGUCCGGUGUCACUGUCUGUUCUUACUUGUUCCUGACUUUUAAAUUGCUGUGUUGUCGUAGUUUUUGUGCAGUAAAGGACUCCUGAUGGCAAAUGGAAAAUGUAAACCAUGAGGUGGGCUCCUCCUGGGCUUCCACUGGUGCUGACAUCACAGAAUUGCAUGCUCUGAAUAGAGGCUGGGAAUGUUUUUUACCAUUCACAAUGCAGAAUGUCUUGCUGUUAGAGGAGAAAAGUGAGGCAGGGGAGUGAAAUGGAUAUUUCUGAAGUAGUUGUGUGGAUUAGAAUAAAUACAGAGGAAGCUACUGGAAGGCUGUGGAUCCUGGCAGGACCACUUCUGCUGCAAUUACUGUAACUGCUGAAAAGGAUGGUCCUGAAUGAUCUCUGACUGUAUUUUAUUGAGUCAUGCAGUGGCUGUUUCAAUAUCUGGAUGUGUAUGUUAUACCUCUUUGAGGUGUUACCUCUGGUGGUGUUUUAUAUUCUUGCUAGUAUUUAACCCUCCUUUUUCUUCUGUGUGUGUGUGUGUGUUUUGGGAAAUCUGAACCACACUUUUCCUAGCCUCUUGACACGCAGGGAGUGAACCUCUAAAUUAUUUUGGGGCACAGUCUUAUCUCAAUAUAAAGGGUUUUAUGCACCUUCUUCUCUGUGCCUCAGGAUGUCUGACUGCUUUAACUGUCAGUUUCUUACUAUUUUUAAGCAAACUUUAACAGAGGGGAGGAAAAAAAAAAACCCAGAGUCUGUCUGCAAAGUGCUAAGAUUAUCCAAAGAGGUUUUUAAUGACAUUUAUGUCUUUGAGCUUUCCUUCUUGUGGGUUGGAGAAGGUAAAUCUAAGUCUGAUAAUCUGAAAAUGAAGAGUUUUUUUUGAGUAUGUCACGAGUUAGAUCUCAUAAAUGCUGGACCUAAGGUGAGCACUGAAAUCAUGUUGUACCUCACCUGCCCGACAGCAGGUCAUUCCAGGACAAAGUAACCUGAAAUGACAACAACUUAUUGCAUAAGAGCAAUUGAGAAAAGCAUUUCCAGGGCCAUCACAAUCAAUUAAACCUCAUUUUUCUCUGUAUGUGGCAACAUCUGUAUGUGGCAGUAUUGUUCAAAGCUUCAGUCAGCUGGGCUUGGCUGAACUUCUGCUUUGUUACCAUUUUAAUGGGUGUUUUGUAACUGAGUUGGGAAAACAUGAGGCACAAAUGCAAACCACCCUUCUCAAACCAAGCACAGGAGGCAAAACUUAAACCUCACCAUGCGGGAUGCUCACAGUGCAGGUUCCCAUAGCUCUGUCUGCUUUGUUGAAUAUGAACCCAAGAUGUUCUGUGUGACAACCUAAAGGCAGUUCCUGGUCUCAGGAACUCAAGCCCCAUCUCACCAGCAUUCCUGUCCUUUGCUUCAACCAGCCUUGGAAAUGAAGUGAGGAUUAUGUCCAGUCCAGUUUUCAUUGGGCCUAAAGAAUUUUCAAGGACAACCUGAUGGUGUUUAAUUACACUUAAUUUCACCUUGCCGACUUUCACAGCAUUAUUGGAAAUAUCUUUUACAGUCUCCUCUCUCCUGGGUUCUGUGGAGUUAGGUGCUCUAGCAGUGUUUGGCAGCUUGAACAAGCUGGGUGUUGCACAUUUAUGAAGUACACUAGCACUAUGGCCUUUGCUUUCCUAAAACAACUGAGAGCAGACUUUGCCACUUCAGUAUUGUCACUUGGUUUCAGUGUAUGGUUCACAUAUCCCUCUGAAGAGCCUUAAAUCUUUCUUGCCUGAAGUUCAGAGUAAAGCUCUUUUUUAGCUCAGCAACUGGAAGGGGAAUCUGAGGACCAAAGGGGCAUAAACGAGUGUGUUUGUUUUUUGUUGCUUGCUUUGGUUUGGAAAUGAAGUUGCUGUAACCCAGUCUUUUGUUCCUGAGGUAAAGAAAAGGUUGUGUUUGAACCACUUAUCUCUCUUCAGGAUAAAGUUCAUGUUGCACCACUGCUGUUUUUUAUUUCCCUGUGACCUGUAGUCCUUAAAGCAUACCUCUCUCUACUUGUGGCCUUGGAUUUUGUUCACAUCUUUGUUGUUGUAAAGCUUGGUGCAUAUUUUGGAACAUUAGUAUUGUUCAUAUACACAAGCUUGAACUACACCUUGUGUGUAGCUAUAUAGCAUGUACAGCCCACUGUUGUACCAUGUGAGUCUGGUGUCUCUGAAACAUUA